UUGAGUUUGAAGAGCUCUGGUUCCACGUCUACUUUGCGGAGCCUAUACCACGUGUCAGCUCAAAGGCACAGCUAAGGGGAGAAGAGCAGAGCCACAUGCAACCGCUCAACCACGAGAGCUUCCGGCAUGUCUCCCGACUCAAGCGCACGCUUCCUAAGUGGUUAAUACACUGGAUAUCUACCAUGAGGAUUUGCUUUCGAAAGAUGACCUGCGUACUGCUCACUUCAUCUUCACUCAUCUCAAUAUUCUCAUUAUUUUACUUGCUAUCACCGAUAGAGCCUAUGGAUUAUAAACAGAGAGACCUUUUUACUUUUUCAAGCACAAAUGUCACAAUCCUGCUCUGGCACUGGCCUUUUGGAAAGCCAUACAGCCUGAGUGCUGAUGUGUGUUUGGAGCAGUAUGGCUAUCAUGGAUGCCUUCUGGUGGAUAAUCGGUCCUGGUUUUUAAGAGCAGAUUUGGUGGUCUUCCACAAUCGCGAGUUGGUGUCAGGUCAACAGAGGCUGCCAUUGAACAGUUCCCGCCCGCCCGGCCAGAGGUGGGUCUGGAUGUCCUUGGAGAGCCCAGAGAACAGUGGGAAUCUCGAGGGCCUUGAAUGUCACUUCAGUUAUGUCAUGACCUACAGACGGGAUGCAGACAUUACCAUCCCAUAUGGAGAACUGGUGCCGAAGGAAGCAAAUAAUGACAGCACAGUUGAUGCCCGCUUACCAAUGAACAAAACGUUCCAAGCCUGCUGGGUUGUGAGUAACUACUCAAAACGACAUUACAGGUCGACUGUGUAUAAGCAGCUUAAAAAAGUAAUUAAUGUGAAAGUGUAUGGGAAAGCUACGAAAAACCCUUUGGACGCAGAGAGUCUGUUACCCACAAUCUCUCACUGCUAUUUCUACCUUGCUUUUGAAAACUCCAUCUCCAGAGACUACAUCACAGAGAAGUUUUGGCGAAAUGCCUUACUAGGGGGAGCAGUGCCUGUAGUUUUAGGUCCACCGCGGGAACAGUAUGAGGCCGUGGCACCAAAAGACUCCUUUAUCCAUGUGGACGACUUCAGUUCCAUUAACGAGCUUGGAGAAUUUCUCAAGAAUCUGACAGUGGAUAAAGAACGCUAUGCCACUUAUUUUGCUUGGAAACAUCAGUAUUCUGUUAAACUGCACACAGACUGGCGGGAGAGGCUUUGUUCUAUCUGCUCUCAUCGCCACAAAUGAAAGGUGCUCAAGUGAUGUAACGCGGUUUCUAAGCUAAAACAUCACCCCAUCAUCUUAGCUGCCUAUGCCCUGAAUACACUAAAAAUAUGCAGCCUCUGUGGACAGCCCAGGCUCUAAAAACGACAACAAAAACAACUUGGUCCAUCCUGGACCAUAAAAACAAAACAAACUGUUGCAGCAAAUCACCGACUAGAUGUGCGUUUAGGAGAGUUCCAGUUGCACGGGAGGGAGAAGCGAGGGACUAGCUCUCUGUUUUGUUUGAACGGAACAGAAGUGACAUUACCCAACAUCGCUUAGAGUGCCUUUAAGAUCACAAAAAGUAUACUAUGACAUUGGUGCAAUGAAGAGGUAAAAAAACAUAAUAAGAUUGAUGUUCAAAAUUAUACUUGAUUUACUAUCGUUAUUUAUUUUGUGUUUGUGCAAUAUACUAAUUUUGUUUGUGUACCAUUUCAUUCCAACACAAUUUUGCUCUUUUUUUGAAAGAUUGUAGUUUUUUGAGUAAAGCUUGAAUGGGGGGCAUUAGUUAAAAGACUCCAAUCUUUCAAGAAUCUUUCCCAAAUGUUGUCAGUCUUCUGAUUUAUGGGUAGCAUUAGUUUCGGUAAUUCUGUUGUCGAAUAUAUCAAGGUUUUUAAGAGACACAUGGGUUACACAAUUCAUGUUUAAUUAUCAUAUUAAUUAGCUCUCUCUCUCUCCCUGGGUGUGUGCCUGAGGAAACAGACUCAAGGAUUGGUCUGUGCAGAUGUUUCCUGGUAAAAAUCUCCAUCUUGCUGACUUUGGCCAAAAUUGAAUGAAAUUGCUGUUGGUGUAGGUAUUUGCUGUAGGUAACAUGUUUUUUUUGCAAAUAAAAAUAAUAAAAAGCG